GAAGUAACCAGCCUCGGUGCGCUCCAGCAUUUGUGAGUAAAUUAGGGGCUUUCACGGCGAUAAAUAAUAUUCAGUUCUGCUCCUGGACUUGAAGAAAGUUUACCAUAUUCACAUGGCUCAUGUUAAGAAGGAUGAGAGUUUCUGGACCCUGACUGUAACUGAAGUUUUAGACGGUGACACUGCUCGACCAGCGAUGGAUGAAGACGACCACCCAACAAAAGAGGAAGACAGUGAGGCGUGUGGUGGAAAUUACUGUACAUCUGAAGGGUUGGCUGAAGCUCUUAAAUCUGUUGCAAGCUCUCAAUUAUGGAGCUUUGUAGGGUAUUCUCUGCCCAUUGCAUCCCUCUUCUCUGCGGAGAGCUCAAGUCAUCUGGAAUUUUCUGACAUAAACAGUGAGGACAGUGAGAUAAAAAGUAUAAGUGAAAUGGACAUCAGUGUACAUCAAGAGAAAACAUAUGUUGCCAAGUUUGAAUCCGAAUACAUCAAUAGUUCUGUCCCUUUAUAUCAGGAGUAUUGGAUGCGCUCCUUGAAGAAGGAUUUAAACCGAGCACAGCUUGCUGGACUUUCAGAACUGGUAACAUCGGUGUGUCUCUCUGGUCUGAAAACUCCCCCAUCUUUAACCCUGACCUCUAUUUUGAGCCCACCAGGGUCUCAGUCCAAACCAUAUGCUCUAUGGCAGGAGUUACCACAAGCAAAGAGUGUGCUGUACUCCCUCAGUGCACAGGACAUCCAGCUUCAGGAGGCUAUGUUUGAGCUGAUUGUGUCCGAGGCCUCAUAUCAGAAGAGUCUGAUAGUAGCACUGAAUGUGUUUCAGUGCUCAGCAGAACUCAAACACAUCCUCACUCGAGUGCAGCAUCAUGUUUUGUUCUCCAACCUAAAAGACGUCUGCAGAGUCAGUGAACGGUUUCUGCAGGACCUGGAGUCUCAUAUAAGGCAGGAUGUGGUGAUGUCACAGGUUGGUGACGUUGUUUUGAAUCACCAAAAAUCCUUCCAACAAGUCUAUGUGCCGUAUAUCACCAACAUGAUGUACCAGGAGGCCCUCGUCACUCAGCUGCUACAGGAAAACAGGAAAUUUGCACCAAUCCUGAAGAAACUAGAGAAGGACCCACAAUGCCAGAGACAGACGCUUAAGUCUUUCCUGAUUCUUCCCUUUCAGAGGAUCACCCGAAUAACUCUCUUGCUUGAGAAUGUCCUCAAGAGAACCAGGGGUGUUUGUCUUAAUGUCCCUAAUGUGAAGGAAGCCAUUGAAGCUGUACGGAAGAUAGUGGAAGAGUGUGACACAAGAGUCCAGAAAAUGAAAAGAACUGAGCUGCUCGUUUCUUUGGACAAGUUAGUGGACUUCGGAAAUGUCAAGGCCGUUCCAUUAAUCACUAGAGGACGUCAUUUGAUUAAGGAGGGAUCUUUGAAGCAAUUAAUAAUUGGAGGCAAUCACAAAGCAUCUGUAGUCUCUCGCAAAGAUUUAUACAUUCACCUUUUCAAUGAUCUAUUGCUCCUCUCUGUUAGAAGUGGACAAAGAUUCAUUGUGCAGGACCAUGCAUUAUUUCCUGAUCAUGUACGCGCUGAAGAAAUCAAAACAACUAUUUUGGGACUACCUUCUGAAUCCCUCCUGCUCCAUCUGACUAAGAAGCAUAAUAGAUCUUCCUCUGCCCUGAUACUUGCUGCGCGCACACAGUUGGAAAAAGAAACCUGGAUCAAAGCUCUGUCAUCGAAGUAGGAGACUGCAAUAUGUAGGAUGUUCUUUAUGGAAAGAAUCAAACUGUGGAUCAUAAAAUAGACAUCACAACUUAUGCUUUUAAUUUUCUUGAAUGUUGUUCUAAUAGUGUGUAUGUUACAUAUUUAUUAUAAAUAAAUGGCUGUAGGAAA